AACUCAAGGUAACCAUUGUCUUCUUUAGCUGCCGCUAAACAACAGGUCUGGGCCUCAAAUAUCUGGGCUUUAGCCUCAAACCAUCUUCCGGUCCCGACUUCUCCACAUUUGUAUCCAAGGGCAACAGCAGUGGCAGGGAGCAAACACCACCGUAGUUCACGAUUAGAGGCAUGAAAGUCGGCGGAGGAGUGUUUUAUGGAGCUCCACGCGCCACCUCAUUCCUUCUCGGCCUCCGCAGACAUACUACGCUACGCACUUUUUCUUGUUCUUCAUUUCCUGACCAUAUCGGUUUUAUCAAAGAAGUGGCUGCAACUCAGCCUCCUAAGCAUUUGUCUCAUUUGUUGAGGAUGUUAAAGACAAAAGGUGAAUCUAUUGUUUCUCCUAGAGCCAAGAAAGGGUUGUUCCCUCUUGCCAUUCCACUGGCUAGAAACAGUUCAGAUGCUGUGAUUGCGCUGCUGAGAUGGCCAACAGCACCACCUGGGAUGGAAAUGCCAGUGGUUGAGGUUCGUAAACAUGGAGUUUGGCUUUUGGCAAAGACUGUAGAUCAAUAUAUUAAUCGAAUCCUGGUCGAGGAAGAUGCUGAUAUUUCAUCAGAAGGCAAUGCUGAUCUAUUUCAUGCUGCAGCUGAUGCUGGAGAUAAUCUUUAUGAAAAGGGUGACUAUGCCAAGUCUCAGAUUUUAGACCUAGAUGUAUAUCUCUUAAAAAAGGUAGGUUUGUUUCCAGAUGUCUUAGAGCGCAAAGUGAUGCUCCAUUUGCAGAAAGGAGAUCAUGUUUCAGCUUUAGUGAUUGGGGAGUUCUAUACAAAGAAAAAGCAUUUUCCAGGAUUUGCAAGGCCUUUUGCAUUCAAUGCAGAGGUUAUGCUGAAGAUUGGACGUAAGUUAGAAGCUAAAGAUGCUGCCAGGGGAGCUUUAAAAUCACCAUGGUGGACCCUGGGUUGCAGAUACCAGGAUGUUGCUCAGAUAGCACAAUGGGAGGAUGAGCAAAUUGAGUAUAUUAAAGAAAAAAUGACCGAAGAAGGAAGGCAAGAAGACCUUAACAAGGGAAAAGAACCAUCGCAGAUUGCAUUGGAUGAAGCUGCAUUUUUGUUGGACUUAGCUUCUGUUGAAGGGACUUGGGAUGAAGCUGCGGAACAGAUAGCUGAGUGCUAUAAACAGGCUGGACUUCACGAUGUUGCAAGAUUUAUCCAAUAUAGAGAUUGAGUGUCUAGUUCGGUUGUGUGUACCAUUUGAGUCCUGGAUUGUUGCCCAAAUACUUUUUUGUGGUGGGGUUUGCUGUUGCCAAUUUCAGAUUCUUGCAAGUCCAGUUUAAUAUGCCUGGAACAUUCUCGAACUACUUGAUCAGCUUCUGCCUCUCGUGGUAUCUUGUCAUUCUUUGUUGUGAUGGGGUUUGCUGCUGCCAAUUUCAGAAUCUUACAAGUCCAGUUUAAUAUGCCUGUAAUGUCUUUAAACUACUCGAUCAGUCUCUGCCGCUUGUGCUAUUUUUUCAUCAGAUCUCUCUCAGUUCGGAUUGUGGUGCUCUUGCUAUCUUCUACUUGCCUUGUGUUUUUUUUCUGGUUUCAUGUGCAUCUGCUUCCGUUUUUGAGAUGCUGGUGUCCUUAUUAUCUGGCUUUUGCAGAUUGCCUGUCUGGUAAGUCUAGUAUUUUGUUUUGCAUCUGUUUCUUCUUUUCCGUAUUGUGAGAGUUGUAUAGCUAAGCCAUUUUUCUUACUGGCUGCAUUUUAUAUACAAAUUUAAUUUAUUAAUGAGAAAAA